AUGCAAAGGCAGCAACUCACCUUGGAUGCCGCGUACAAAUUUGCACUCUGGUACCUGCUUUUGUGCGAGGCCAAGGACAAUCAGGGCCAAACAGAAGAAUGCGCCUCUCACGAUGCCUACGUGCGGCAUACUGCCGUGUCGUUGAUCCGAGCCUCCCUCCCUCGCAGGACUCAGAGGAGCUGCUGCUUGUCCGGUGCAUGUGGGAGAAACUCCUUGACACACAGGACGGUUCACUUUGGGCGGCCAGAGGUGCAACCUGCGCAGGGUGAGCGUGACGAUGUCUGUCAGUGCCUGGCGCACGCAACGGCGUGCGUGGGUCGGCCGGUGCGUCUCUUCCUGCGGGACUACAUAUCCUCUGCGUCGCUGACAGGGGACCGCUACGGGGGUCUGCGCUGCAUGCUUCGGCACAUACCUCUGGAGUGUGUGACGUUUUCCAGCAUACCGGAUCCCCGGGACGCGCAGCACGUCGUUGACGAGCUGGGCGCAGUGCUAAAGAGCGGCGCGGGUCGACUGCUGCGGCUUAGUCUUGGUGGCUUCCCGGCGUACGUGAGGAUUGCGCCGCUCCUGCAGGCCAUGACACUGCACGACACAGUGACAGAGUUGAGGCUAGAGGACUGCGGCAUACAAGACGUGAGCGUUGUGGUGUGCCACAUGCGGGCGUCGAUGCGGCUGCGGCGACUUUCCUUGCGUGGGAAUCACGGGAUAUCGGACGGCAUGCCGGCGCUGGCCCUCGCAGUGGCGGCGUCUGCCUGCCUGCUUUCGUUGGAUGUGGGCCUCUGUCGCUUGAGGGAUGAGCACUUGGAGGUAUUUCUGCGUCACCUGCAGGGCUUCGCGGUGCGUGCACGUUUCGUCCUCGACGCGUCUAGCAAUGUGCUCAGCAACGCCUGCUUUGCGGACCUCCGCGACGCACCUGCUGCCUUUCGCGAGACACUGAGCGAGUUGGACCUCAGCGGCCACAACUUCAGCAACGGCGGGGAUGCCGCCGCGGCCACUCUAACGGAGCUGCCUGCGCUGACGGGCCUCGUGCUGAAUCAAUGCGAACUUGGCCCACGUGAUAUGCAACGGCUGUGUCGUGUGCUUAGUCAAAAGGAACGACAAUGGCGGCAGUUAUCGUUUCGCGGGAAUGCCCUGACGGUCCCCGAUAUGAAGCGACUGACGCUCGCCUCUUUUGCGGCAGAUUCGUGCCUCUGCGUGGCGGGCAACAACAUUUCGGCGGGCGUGCCAAAGCUGGGUCUGGCGUCGGUGCUGCCGCUGCUGCGCGAGCUUGACCUCUCGCUGUGCGACAUCGGGGACGAGGGUGUGCAGCAGCUGGCCAGUGGCCUGGAGAAGGCGCAGCCCCUUGCGCUGCGCGUGCUGCGGCUCGAUGGUAACGGCAUCGGCGUGGAGGGGAAGAAGGGGCGGGGUGGGGUGCAGUUUCUCGGCAGGGCGCUGCGCGCGAGUCACGCACCGGCCCUCGAGUUGCUGUCGCUCGCGCACAACCGGCUGGCACUUCGGCCGCUGCUGACGCUGGUGGAGCAGGUGGCGUGCACGCUGCGGGAGCUUCACGUCUCGUACUCCUCCGUCGCCACUGACGGCGACGAGCUGGCAGAACUCGUCGGGCGCAUUGUUCGGCGCCAGAAGUCGGGGAGCCACGCGUUCCUGCAGCUUGACGUGUGGGCGCUGCACCCUCCCGACACUGACGCAACUCGAGGGACUGCGGCCGGUGCUGCGAUGGCGGCGUGGCUCGAGGGGCAGCGGUCGCUGCGCGUCAUCACAGAGGCGAGAUGA